AUGAAAAAACGGCUGGAUGAAGCGGUGAACAAUAUUUCUAUUAUGGAUGUGUUUGUAAAGAAAUGGAUGCUUGACAUUCCAUUCAUCAACAGAUGGUGGAAACCUUUGCUAGAGCCAACUUAUGCAUUUAAGGAGUUUCUCAAGAAGCAGGUUGAAGAGAGCGCAGAUGCGGAAAUUGGAGGUUAUGCAGUGCCGAAGCACACCAUUGUAUCAGCGGAGUUGAGCCUAAUCCUUUCCGAUGAAGCGAUAUUCCCCAAUUCCAAGGAGUUCGAUCCAUCUCGAUACCUCGAUGACCCGUCUUUGCUGACAUAUGUGGUUCCGUUCGGAUUAGGGAGAAGAUCGUGUCUGGGAGAAUCACUUGCUCGAGCUGAACUAUACCUU